AUGGGUGGUGAGAGGGGAAGUAAGAUAUUGCUAACUACUUGUAGGGCAUACAAAGUGGCAAUUUAUCCCACAAUUCCACCAUUACUUUUAGAACCCUUGCCAUUUCAGGCAUCAUGGUCCCUGUUUAAGAUCUCAUUUAAACAUGGGGAAGAGCAAAAUACUGCGCCACAUCUAGUUGAAGUUGAAGAGCAAAUUCUAAAUAUGUGUCAAGGUCUUCCUCUUGCCAUAAGGGCUUUAGGAGGCCUACUAUAUGCUCAAGAUGCAGAUGAUGAGUUGUUGUUGGCUUCCAAAACCCUUGAACAAAAAAUAAAUGAAGAAAGGUUUUUUGUUUUACCUAUAUUGAGGUUGAAUUACGACCAUCUUCCUUCAUAUCUUGAGCGAUGCUUUGAAUUAUGUUCCUUAUAUCCAAAAGAACGUGUAAUUUAUAAGAAAGACUUGAUAAGGGUGUGGGUUGCUCAUGGACUUAUUCAGCCACUGGAUAAAAAUCCAGAUCUGGAAGAUGUUGGAGAUUUGUAUUUUCAGGACUUGUUAAGGAGGUCCUUUUUUCAAUAUGUUGAAAGAGACGAAUGGGGUGAUAUAGUAAGUUGUAAAAUGCAUGAUGUUAUUAGUGACCUUGCAAGAUUUGUUGCAGGAAAAGAGAACUUCGUUCUGAAUUCAGAUGCAAAAGAUGUUCCUUCAACAAUUCGUCAUGUGUCAUUUGCUUCCUGUGAAGGUAUAUCAAUUGAUAUUCUGGCCGACUUGCGCAGGGCUAACAAGAUACGAACAUUUCUGUUGCAUGGUCAACGUAUAGGUAUUGGUGAGCCAAACAAUUUAGUUUCUGAAAUACUAGAGCUAACAAGGUUGCGUGUGUUGGAUCUCCAUUGCUUGGGGAUCACAACAGUGCCAAGUUGCAUAAGCAAGCUGCAACAUUUGAGGUAUCUUGAUCUUUCUGAAAAUUGUGCUAUCAAGAGUCUACCAAGUUCCAUUACUUUGUUGGAAUUUGCAAACGUUAAAACUCUCUGGUUGUUGUCAUCUGGAAGAAUUGCCAAAAGAGACUAG